UCCAAACAUGGUGCUAAUUAGGAGAUUGCUCCCGUACACAGCUAUUAAUUUUAUACCCGAGGGCAUACAGGAGCAAAAAUCCCUCCCGGAAGAGGUGUCCUACCUCAGUCCUCCGUGCACUGUAAGUUCUGGUUCGGGCAAACCCGGUCCGAACAAAACCCCACGAACGUCCCCGCCCUACCCUCCGGUCCGUCGGCGCCUUGGAAGAAAUAGAAGAACGGCGGUGGAGAGAGGGCGAGCCACGGAGCAAGGAGCCUGCGCAUCCUGCGAGAAAGAAAAGAUGGUGAGCAAGAGGCAGAAGUUGGCCCAGAAGCGAUUCAAGGAGGCGAAUCCCCACCUCUUCCCCAAGCCCCCUCAGGACCCCUCCUCCAGUUCUAAGGAAAAGAAGAACAAGAAGAAUAAGAAUCUCAAAACCCUAAAGAGGAAGACCAUGGCCAAGAAGAAGAGUGGGUCCGCUCUGAGGAAGCACCCGCUCCGAGUCCCCGGGAUGCGUCCAGGGGAGAGCUGCUUCAUCUGCAAGUCCAACGAUCACAUCGCCAAGCUCUGUCCCGAGAAAGCCCAAUGGGAAAAGAACAAG